AUGCUGGACCUCCGCGUAGGACUCGCUAAGGAUUGUAACAUCAUCGGCAUAAUCGAAAUCGGUGAUGGAGCAGUGGUGGCCAACUCUGACACCCGCGAGGGCAACCAUGUUAUUUACCAAGAUCCAGUCACUAAUCUAGUUGAACAGGAUGGGGGAGAGCACACAUCCUUGGCGGAUGCCCGUUCGGACGACGAAGGAAGCGGAUUCUUCCACGUAUCACCUCACCCUAGUUCGAGUGUGAGCGUAGUAGGCCUUGAUGAGGUUGAGAAGCUUGGACGGGAAGCCAUCAUGACGCAUGAUGUCCCCGAGGCUUUUGCGAUCCACCGAGUCGAAUGCUGCGGUGAAAUCAAUGAAGCAAUCGACGGUAGAUUGCUAAUAAGCCCAUCGCUGUUCGAGAAUUCGCCCGAGGGAAAAAAAUUUGAUCUAUGCAUCCUCUGCCUCUCCGGAAGCCUGCUUGGUUAG